AUGACACUGCAGAAGCCGACGGCCCUUCAAAUAUGGUGUUCGACAAGGGGACCGUCAAGUGGUCCAGACUGCAGCUCAAGGAUCCGGACCCAGAGUUCGGGUGCGAUCCAACACAGCCUGCAAUUGUUUCAUGAACAUGCAGUUACCUCGAGGCCGGCCUUAAGUGGCACUUCCGGGAUCAUUGCAUUUGUGGGCCGGGCAGUCACGUUCAACGGCUCAUUGCGCUUGACAUCUGGGAACAAGACUUUUCUAGCCCGAGACGGCAGAGUGUCCUGGCGGAAGAUUCUGGACUUCUCUGUAUUUGUCCAUUUUGGCGACCACGGCAACAUCCUCGUUGCAAACCCAUCGCUGGGAUAUGGGGAUCCUGGGAACUCGGCGCUGCACUACUCCACAGACCAAGGUAAUUAUUGGAGCCCACCCCAGCUGGGAGACUCUUCCGACGCUUACGACACUGCUCUUGUCACGAGCGGUGAUUCUGGCCCGGCCUUUGAAAUACGUAGUAAAUGCUUGCUAGGCGGUUCUGAACAUUACGUUGUGGUUUUUUCAGAGGUGCUUAACAAAGUAAAGAAACCUGGAAAUAGCUCCGCUCCAACCUCGAAGAAACGCGUGGUGGGCAGCAAAUGCCUCAGGCGCUUGGGAGCUGAGUGGGAGUGCUUGUUGUAUGCAACGGGUCUGUGGGGCCUGCCGAGCUCGUAG